AUGGGUCGACCCGACCCGCUGGUUGACUACCCGUCCUCGCGCAUCGAAUCCCUGCCCGUGGAAAUUCUGCAGUUGAUCUUCCUGUACAGCCUGGAAGUCAAUUUCCCGCGCGCCUCACCACGCCUCGGCCAUGCCCUGUCCAACCAACUGCUCUACACCUGGCUGGUUCGGCUCGUGUUCAGUAGCACCAACCCAGGCUCGCGCGAGGGCUUUUUCACCCCGGACUUCCUGCCCCCGCCGCUGGAUUUCUGGGCGCUGGAGUGGCAGCAGCGCCAGCAUCUGCAGACAACUUUACUGGCUUGCCGCUGGUGCACGCUGCCACUGCUCCGGCGCUGCCAGCGCGAGUACAUCGCCCAUGCCAUCCGGCGCAAAUGCGCCGGACUCGUAUUUCACCCAGACGACCAGGCCGCGCUGGCCGAUCUGAGGCCACACUUUAAGAACCUCAGCGAGUGUGACCGCGCCGCCGACGGCCACCGCGGAAAAGGCGACUUGAUCAUCCCCGCACGGCUGGACGAAGGUUGUCCACGGUCCUCCUCACGCAGCGUCGACCGCAAGUUAGCAAUCUGGUUCCAUUUCGGUGCCGUGCAAAUCCGCGAGCCGCACGAGGUCUACUACGAAAACGACCUCUUCCGGCUCCCUUGCUCGGUGGUGAUCGGCCCGGGCCGCAUCCCAGACAAAGUCCUGCGCGCGCCCUGGUCGCCAGAGCAAUUCGAGUUCCUGCAGCUGCUCGCUGCGGACUUCUACCUCGACGAGGAUGAGGUCGCCGCCGACCGCUCCUCGGACAUCACUCAUCGCUUGAUCCGCAAACGCGCUAUCGAGCCAUUCCGCCGUCUGCUGCGCAUGCAUUUCCGCGCUGCUAAUUGCCGCGUCCCGGCGCGCUGGCCUUUGCGGUCUUCGCACUAUAGCCUUGUCCGGCGUUGUGGGACGGGUGCGGGGGACCCGUUUGCUGCGGUGAUUCUUGAUGAGCGCUGGGAUGAUCUUUCGGCUGAGGCGAAGCAGGACUUGCUGCGGUAUCUUGAGUCGACGUCGUCUUGUGCAUAG